AUGACUCCCCCGGAGGAAGAUCCCCUCAACCUGAAGCAGUUCAAAACAACCAUCGUCGAACAAAGAAAACAAUGGAUUCCAUACUCCACCGGCGACGAAAAGCUCAGCGGCUUCUACAAACAGCAGAAUGAGAUGAUCGAAGGGUUCCUCUCCAGCGGCGACGAGGAACGCCUCAAGGCCGAGGAUGAAGCCCAAAAUGGCGGCAAAGUCAAGCUAGCCGUUCGUGCCAGCUUCAUGGUCAACUUCUGCCUCUUCAUCAUCCAACUGUACGCAGCCAUUUCCACCGGCUCCUUGGCCCUCUUCGCCACAGCCGCAGAUGCCUUCAUGGACCUCGUCUCGUCAAUCGUUAUGCUCGUGACCUCGCGCAUGUCCUCACGACCAAAGCCAUACAAGUACCCCGUGGGACGCCGCCGUGUGGAAACAAUGGGAGUCAUCAUGUUUUGCGCACUGAUGACCAUCGUAGCAGUGGAGUUGAUCAUCGAGUCAGCCAAGUCGCUUGCAGCCGGCGAGACCGAGUCCAAGCAGCUGGCCCUCGUGCCGUUGAUCUGCGUGGGCGUUGCGAUCUUCUCCAAAUUCGUCAUGUUCCUGUAUUGCUUUGGACUGCGCCGGUAUCCAGCUGCGCAUGUCUUCUACAUCGAUCACCGCAAUGACCUGGCUGUUAACGGAUUCGGUUUGAUCAUGGCUAUCAUUGGUGAUCGAUUUGUCUGGUACCUUGACCCGAUUGGAGCCUGCUGCAUUGCGCUGCUCAUUUUGUUCUCCUGGGCAUCUACGGCAUUCGAAAACAUGUGGUUGAUCGUGGGCAAGUGUGCGCCGCGUGAGUUUGUGAACAAGUGCAUUUACGUGACCUUGACUCAUGAUCAGAGAAUCCAAAAAGUGGAUACGUGUCGUGCGUAUCACUCCGGGCAACAGCUUUAUGUCGAGGUUGACAUCGUCAUGGACCCUGAAACUAAGCUCCGCGAAUCCCAUGAUGUGAGCCAAGCGCUACAGCGCAAGUUGGAGGGUCUUGCCGAUGUAGAGCGAGCUUUCGUCCAUGUCGACUAUGACUAUGAGCACGAUGUAAAUGAGGAACACCGACCGCUCUAUGACAUUGGGGGACCCGGUCAUUCCAUCCGAGCUUUGUUGAAACGCAUUUUUGCCAAGAAGAAGCAGCAGCAGAGCGACGAUGGUCCCAUCGUUUAA